CUGCUUCACUUGGACUUCCACUGUUGAAUGCUUACCUGAACAAGAAUGCUUCUUUCGAAAAUGGAGUAAAUUUUGCGGUUGCUGGUGCUACAGCGCUCAACUCGUCUUUCUUCACAUCGAAAGGCAUAAUUGUUCCGCCAAGUGUUGGCUCCCUUGACCGUCAGCUAACUUGGUUUAGGACACACUUAACCACAAAUUGUUCUGGGCCAUCAGAUUGUGCUGACAGGCUAAAAAAGUCUUUGAUUUUCAUGGGAGAAAUUGGAGGAAACGAUAUAAAUUAUCCAUUGACUCAAGGCAAAUCCCUCGAAGAAAUCAAGACCUAUGUGCCGUUUAUUAAUCAAGCUAUUGUCAACGCCACCAGAGUCAUCAUUCUUGCUGGUGCCUCACGAAUCGUUAUCCCAGGAAACUUCCCUAUUGGGUGUUUCCCUUAUACACUCAGCGCUUUUUCUAGUAAUGAUUCAACAGAGUACGAUGAAAAUGGGUGCAUAAAACGUUUGAACAAUCUUGCGACUUAUCAGAACUCCAACCUUCAGACCGCUCUACACUCUCUUAGAAGGGAAUUUCCAAACGUUGUUAUACUCUAUGCAGACUACUACAACGCUUUUCUAACAGUUCUUCGCCGAGCGCCUUUUCUCG